AUGGACAAUAAGACAGGGUUAAAAUCAUCUUUUUCUAUAUCCAUACAAGCGCAUGUGAUUUCUGGAAUACUCGCAGAAACCUUAGCACUUCCAUUGGCUUUAGCUUCUUUUAACACAAUUUUUUUUUUUUAAAUUUCAUAAAAUAAUUAAAAAUUUCCAUUGGAUACUAUAAAAAUACGACUGAUGACACAAAAUUAUUCUGCUCCCUCACAAGUGAAAUAUUCAGGGAUGUUUAACUGUGCAGUCACUAUUGCUAAAGAAGAAGGUUAGGUUAGGUUAUUUCAGAAAGGGGUUAGCCAUAUUGGUGAUGUAGCCGCCAAAGACCUCCUAUACGGAAAGGCUCAUCCGCUUUUCGAAUCCAGCCCAGAGUGCCUAUCCCUCAAUAAUGGUUCACUUUUAGUACCUUCUGUAUCCUUGCCUUGCAGCUUCAGUCUUGGAGUGCUUAUGGAUUUCUGCUGCUACAGGAGAUUGGAGUAGCUUGAUUCUAAAGAUCUUUGGAGUCUGUCGGGUGUUGAAGUGCCUUACUUUGACAGCUACAGGAAAAGGGCUACUCCUAUGUGGCAUGUGCUGAAACAUCCCGUUUCUCAGUAGAGGAAUGCCCAUGGGUUAUCGGAUCCAAAAGGACGUUGUUGAGCACCUCAUUUCCAACUAUAGGAAAGCAUCCAAAACCUACACAGAUGCACAUCUCUCGAGCCUGCAGUUGAGUCUUGGCUUGGAAUAAGUCUCAGUUCGCCUUAGCCAUAAGAUCUGGGCUGUUAUGCCAGGCAGGUUGAACAUGCCGCCAUUUUAAUAUAUGUGAAAAAAGAAAGGUAUUUUGUCUUUAUGAAAAGGCUACAAAGCUGCUGUUUUAAGGCAAUCAAUCUUUCUCUCAACUCGCUGGUACAUUUAUACGGAAAUGAAAGAAUUACAGUAUUUCAAUUCCAAUAGCGAUACAUUUACAUUGAUGGAUUUAGUGACACUUGGGGUUGUUUCUGCUCUCCCAGCAGUCUUAUUAUCAAAUCCUUUUGAUUUAAUUAAAGUCAGAAUGCAAGGCGAUAAAUCAAAAUUUACUCCUGAAAGAAAAGGGACUAUUAAUACUUCAUUUCAAAGAAGCACAAACCUAAAAGAUACAGUAUAGCUUAUGCCUUAUUAUAGAUUAAAUUCAGAAAUGAAUAGCAAUUCAAUGAUAAUUCGCUUUAUAAGUGGCAAAAUAAAUGAAAAAUAGCCCUAAAGGCUAAUUUAAACUAAAAAGAUUUUACCUCUAGCCUUAUCAUAAUAAGGCAUAUAAUAUACGCUAUAGAGGUGUUAACGAAGCACUUGUAAAAAUAAGCACCCAAGAAGGCUUAAAAAGCUUAUGAAUUGGCGCAGGGUUAAGCUGGUUGAAAAUUGCAAUAAUAACACCUAUAGAUUUUAUUGUAUAUACAAUGAUAAAAGAAGCUGUGAUUAGAAAUGGGCUGAGCGACGAUUAUACAACGCAUCUUUUAUGUGGAGCUAUCAGUGGGUGCAUGACAUUUUUUGUUACUCCGAUUGAUUUUGUCAAGACUAGGCUGAUGAAUGCACUAAAAGGAGAAUACAGUGGGGCUAACGAUGUUUUCUUGAGAACAUUGAAAAAUGAAGGGUUUGAAACUUUGUUUAGAGGUGUUGUUCCAGGAGCACUCAGGAUUGCAUUGUCACAUGCAAUUACAUUCUCAACUUUUGAACAAAUUAGAAACUUUUUAAAAAGCAGCUAUGAUGAAUAA